AUGGCCCCAAUCCACCUACUUGUUCUCAUACACGGCAUGUGGGGCAAUCCCGGUCAUCUCGCAGAACUUGCUCGCAUCGCCCGCGAAACACAUUCUACAGCCUCUGAUGGCACGAAGCUGCACGUAUUAUUGGCAGAGGCAAUUAGUGAAGACUCGACGUAUGACGGUAUUGACUGGGGAGGGGAAAGGGUCGCUGACGAGGUGCGGCAGCAAUAUGAGAUCAAACAACUUGAGGUGGAUGACGAGGUCGUGCGAUUCUCCGUUACGGGCUAUAGCCUUGGUGGAUUGGUCGCUCGUUAUCUAGUUGGUAUCCUGCACCAGAGAGGCUUCUUCGAAAAAGUCACCCCGGUCAACUUCAAUACCAUUGCGACGCCCCACAUAGGUCUUCUGCGAUACCCUUCAUUUAUUUCAUCGGUAUUUUCGUCCCUUGGUCCCAAACUCCUUUCGCGUACUGGCGAGCAAUUUUAUUGCGUCGACGAGUGGUCCCCCAAUGGUCAACCACUUAUAUUAACCAUGGCUGAUCCUGGUGAGUGA